CAUUCCACCACCAAUAACAAUGUGCAUAGUGAUUUUUAUUUAGUUUUAGAGGUCUUUUUUCAUAUGGGCCUUUGCCAGGAACGCUGCUUGUAGGACUAGAUAAUAGAUGUUAAUGUAGCCGUGCUGUUAAUAGUUUGAUACAUCUAGGAGACAGGGGAGCAACUUUCCCAAAAGACACGUCUGUCCUUUCCAUCACCAGACGCUCCUUCAGUUAUCAGUACCAUAUCCACAGCCCUUGAGAUUAAUCGCAGUUGCUAUGUAAACAACGUGCUGUAAUGGAACGACAGAAAUGCCACUUUUAACUUCUUCGAUAAUACAGCCCCAGAAGAACUGUAAGAGGGUCAGAGUAUGUUGUUGCUUCGCCUUGCAAACCAUGGGUAACAUUAUUAAGGGAAUCAUUGCUUUUAUCCCUUCUAAGACUUGCCAGAACUAUCUUUUGGGAGAGCUGGAAGAAAUGCCUGUUGAUAAAAUGGUGGACCUAAGCAGCAAGCAUUUGAGAAGAUUCCCUCUAAGGGUGUGUGCCUUUACAGAACUUGUGAAGUUGUACCUCAGUGACAAUAAUUUAAACACCCUCCCUCCUGAGCUGGAACUGUUGCAGAGCCUUCAGAUUUUAGCACUGGACUUUAACAAUUUUAAAGUAUUGCCGCAGGUCGUGUGCACCCUUAAACAACUGUCAAUCUUAUAUCUUGGCAACAACAGGCUGAGGGAUCUGCCUCCGGAACUAUGUUUUCUCAAGAACCUGCAAACUCUUUGGAUCGAGUCAAACUAUUUCACUCAUUUGCCUGUGGUGGUUUGCGAACUUACUCUACUGAAGACACUUCAUGCUGGAUCCAACCCUAUCCGCCAGCUACCAAACGAGCUUAAAAAUCUCAAAGAACUACGCAGCAUUUGGAUGUCGGGAACCCUUCUCACUGAAUUCCCACUUGUGUUGUUGGAGAUGCCUUUUUUGGAUGUUAUUGAUGUUGACAGAAAUGGCAUAAGGUUUUUCCCAAGCCUUGUCCACAUGCAAAGUUUGAAGCUAGUCAUUUAUGACCACAACCCAUGUCAAAAUGCACCAAAAGUUGCAAAGGGAGUUCGUAGAGUUGGGAGAUGGUCGGAGGAAAGCCCUGAACCCAAAAAGAGAUCCGAGGCGGAAGCAGAACUCGAAAAUGCAAAGGACAAUAAAGAAGUGCAGGCUCUGCCUCCAAUGGAUGCAACAAGUCAAAGCAAUGAAAACUCAACUGAAGCAACUACUGUACCAAAUUAAAAUGUAUGACUCCAGGCUUACUUAUUGCUGAAAAAGGUAGUUUCCUUUUCCUGAUUCCCAAACUAUAUUUGAUGCAAGCAGUAUACUUAGUUAACUAUACACAAAGCUAGAUAUUCAGAUGUACAUCAGAAAAUUUUAUUUUGUGCAAUAAGGCAAGUGGAAAAACACUGUAGUUGCACUCUCAGAAAUCACAUCCAGUUGGAAUAUGUCAAACAGAUGUGAUUUCUGUGUGCCAUUGCAACCAGUGAGUUCCAAUUUUCUAUCCAGGCAGUGACUGUAACAUCUUAAUAGACAGAGGUCUGUCUGAACCCUCAAGCAAGGUAACAAAUUAAUUAGGACAUCUUAAGUCUCAUACCCCUUAUACCUUGAGAGUGUAAGCUCUUAUGGGGAAGGUUCUUUACCUCUUGAAUUGAUUAUCAGUUGUUUUAUUUUUUUUGUGUGUUAAGCUGGCAGCUGUGGUUAAAUUGGAUGAUUUACAGAUAUCUAGAUCUGUAACAAUUUUAGCCACAGUUAUUGAUGUUAAGGUCAGCCAUCUAAGCUGACUCUGCUUAGUCAUACUUUGUCUUCUCCAGGUAAACAGCUAUUGGUUGACAAUGCAAAUUAAAGAAAAUUAUAGAUUUGAAGUUUUUAUAGGACCAACCACAGAAGCAGACACUAGUGGCAGUACCCACUAACUACACUACACUGCCAAAGGUAUCCAGACACCAAUUUGCAGUCGGAACACUUACUGCCAAGCUUCAAACUGUCUCUGCAAGUAAUGUCUAACAUUACCAUUUGCAUCGCAAGCAUUGGCUGGAGUGGUGCAAAGCUCAAAGCCAUUGGACUCUACAGCAGCUGAAAUUCUCUCUGGAAUGAAAUGAAAUGCACUGCACUCUGGCUCUUUGAUGUGUAAGUGUGAUUUUGGCAGAUAAAGGAACCUUAUCUAAUGUGUAAUGCCAACUAAAUAGUUUGGUGGAGGCAAUUUCUUAUGGUUUGGUUCACUGAUUUCAGUAAAAACAGACCUUAACUUUGCAAUGACACUGAAAGAAACACAGGCCAAGAUCCACUUCAUAUUAAUAGCCUUGCUUUUGGAAUGAGAUGUUGGAAAUGCAGGUGUCCACAUACUUUUGACCAUACAGUGUACAUUAACACAGGGCAGCAACACACAUAGGAACAUGUUACCCUUCAUUUGCAAGUUUCUGUUAUAGUUACUUCAAAAAGUUCUUGCUACCUUCUUCAGAGACGAUGUGCCCAAGCAUACUUAUUCAGCGGCCAAAUGCAUACCCUUUGUUCACAUGGAAGAUAAGCAGCUCAAACAUACAUUGCACACUGACACCACCAAAUAACAAAAUAUAUAUAGGGUGGAAUAGCACAUCAAAUGUACUUUUAGGGCAUACAGAGAGCAUUAAUAAAGCCUUUAGGCAUACACCAGUAGUGCAAGUUAUUUUUACCAUAUUACAUACAACCAUGUAUUUAGACUAAAUCCAAUAUCAGUGAGUAGUUAAUGUUGGAAGAGCCCAGCCUAAAUCAAACCAACAGCUUAGCCAUGCUAAUGACAAAACUUUAUUUCAGUGCUUGUUAUUGAAAGAGUAGGAACAUGAAUAGCUGUUUACAAACUGAUUCUGCAAAACCAUACAUCCAAUGUAUGCGCUGGAAAAUAAUAACUUAAACCCAGAUACGUUGCUGGAGAAUUAUGCAAGUGCUUGGCUGACUAAACACACACAGCAUUUUUAACUGUGUAACAGCAUUUUGCUCCAGAAAUUUCUUCUGGUCCUAAAAUAGGGAAACUUUCGCCUGGUCCACAAACUUGGUGCAGUUAAAGGGUACUCAGCAAGGAUGAUGGUCUGGUACACGUUUUCUAUAACAGACAAAAAGAAGAAACUUACAUGCAUAAAUAAUAAUGCCCAGAAGCAGAAAAAGAACAAAACUUGAAGCACAUACAUCAAUACCAAAUGCCUACAUUCCUUCCCUUCCAUUCGCUACUCAUUCUAGUAGAUUAUAACAUUUUUCCUGAUAAAGGGCACGCAGCUUGCACGAAAUGUCUCUAUGGUGGUGUUGAUUUUUAAUAUAUUUAUAUUUGCAAGAUUUGAGUGCUGCUCAUUUUUCUUAUUAGAUUAUAUUAUAUAUAAUUGCUAAGGAUUCUUCCUUGGGGGCAACAUUAGGUCUCAUAUCUAGCAAGGCUAGCAAGGGAAGUGUAAUGCUAAGAUAAAAAAUCAACUAAGAACUGCAAAAGCGCGUUUGUAUCAGGAGUGGCUGAUUAUUUAUGUUUGAUAUAGGAUAUAAAUGAGGCUUCAAUAGUUGUCCAAUCAGUUAUAUAUAUAUACAAGCUUAUCAUUUUCUCCUAUUUUACUGAUCAGGUAUUACUUUGGUGCUAUAAACAGUGCACUUUCUAAUGCAUAUUAUGAGAAGGGGCCCACAGGCUUCUUAAAAGGUUUCAGAAGGAACACACCAUCUAUAUUAUUGCUCACAUACAAGUAGGUUUGGACACUAAGUUACCCUAUGAAUAGUAUGUGUAGUAUGUUUUGCUUAUGGAGUGAAUGGUAUAUAGUCCAGCAUGAUUUACUUGAUAAAAAUGAAUGAGCCUGCUUUUGGUCAAAUUGUUUGUUUCUGACAUACAUUUUAUUUUGUUAAGCACUAUUUCCAUGCUGCACUAUUAACUUGCACUUUAAAGUACCCAGGUAAAACCGUUUAUUAUAACUUUAUGAAUAUGAAUGUUAACACGUUACCAGUGAAGAAUAUAUAAGCAGGUGGUACAACAGCUUUGAAUUUUUAAGGCAGAGUUUUUUGUAUUUUAAUUAAUAAAGAUUUGUACUCCUUAAAUAUAUAA